UACUCUCUAUGGAUUUGCCUAGAGUUGAUUGACUUGUUUGACUUACGUCUAGUAGCUGAUACGGUUUAUUGUAUCCGAUUUCUUCCAAAAAUCAAUCACUAAGUACCAUCAAAUUCCAGAUUCGGCUUCGACAUGUCUUCACUCUUUACCGCAGCCCUUCACCCUAGUGUUGGGCUAGGUUUCCUUGUGCUCGGUGCCUCUCUCCACGAUAUCCUCACACGAUUGAAGGCCGAACCGCAGCGCUAUCCCAAGUUAGACCUUGCCUACUCUGCUACUAAUCCUGUUGGCGAACCCGUAAUCGUAACUCUCCCCGCAAACGGUAUUCGAUUGCGAUUCGAUGGCCCGGAGCAGCGCCUUCGCCUCAUCGAGAUCAUCGACUUCACCAAAAAUCGUAUUACCUACCAAGACAAGGACAUCGCUAAGCCCGUAACCUCCCAGGGAGUGGUAGGGUCCCCUAGGUUAGGUGGAGAUGCUACAGCUGGCCCAGCAUUUAAGAACAUCUACCAUCGCCUGUUCGGUCCAACAUAUGCUGGAGAAUACAUCCCUCCUGCGGACUCGGGUCACGGAAAUGCCGUGGGCACUUAUAUACUGUCUUAUCCCGGCGUAGCGUUUAGCUUCCCGUUGCCGAAGUCGGCUUACUCUCCGAAUAAAGACGUCGUUUCUUUGUUAUCUUCAUCCGUAAGCCAGACUGCUACCUCUGUUGCCAUAUUUAGUGGGAAGUCUUGGGCACAUGCUCGCGAGACUUUGUGGGAUGAGGUUCUCCCAAGCGUCAAGUCGGCGCUCGUGUUUAAUAAGAGUAAAGAGGUCGUCCCUGAUGAAGUCUCCCUAGUCAAGAUCCAUGGCGGUGGUAGACUUCAGCUGUUCAGGAAGUGGACUAAUACAUCCGUAUGGAUCAACCUGGGAGAGACCACACCCCAGGACCUGGUAGCGGAGUUCGGACCGCCUGAUGCUAUAUAUCGGAAGAAUGACCAGAGGAUGUAUAUCCACAAGACUCGUAACGCAAGUCAUAGCCGAUCUAGAUCGAACGGCGGUGAAUAUAGGCGGCCAGAUGAUCUGAUCGAUACUGACCAAUCUUCGGCACACACUACUGGUUCGGAUGACUCCGAAGACGAGGCCAUCGAAGAUGAGAUCGUGGGUAAUGUAUCGGGCGAAUGCUUUUACAAUUACUUCUAUCUAGGGUUUGAUAUCCUAGUCUCGCCGCCUCAGCCCCCAUCGCGCACACCUCCGUCUCAAGUAGCCGCCUUAAAAGGAAAAGAGGCGCCCGGAACGAACCUGUUCAAGAACGCUACAGCAGAUCGAUUAGUGGCCACGAAGAUGGUAUUGCAUGCGAAUGUACCUGGCUCAUACCCAUUCAAUAGGCAUCGCCGUUGUCGCUGGGAGAUUCCAUAUCUCGCAACCGGGAACGCAGAUGACGUUAUAGAUUCCGAGACGCCGUUCGACGGGAUUGAGGAAAGAUUAAGGAAGGAAUGGAAGAGCACAUACCCCUCUGAAGAUGAUGCUAAAAGGCGCCAACGAGGUAUGGUCCUAAACAGAGGAUGGGGAGACAGUCCUGGAAGUAGCUGUGAGUUUUUAGGGGGUUGGGAAGAUAGUAGCGGGGGAGUAUCAGCGAAGAAGUUUGACGGAAACGAAGAUUCUACAACUACACUGUAUGGGUUCCCUGGGACGGUUUUCGAGGUGCUGAAGAACGGAUUUGUGAGCGCGGUUACGGUAUAUUAGGCUGGUGGGACUGGGCAUUGGAUUUUGCGGUUGUCCUUUCGAUCGCUUUACGAAAUUUUUAGAAUAUCUUAAUAAGUUGAACAGCGAAUAUUCGCCUUCUUUGAGAUACGCUCUAAACGGACAUGUCUUACUGAAGUUUAGAGUUACCUUACCUUAGGUACCUAUCUAUCUGACCGUCUUGUGUAAGAGGUAAGAGGUAUACAGAGUUCUUCAAACAUGCGAUGAACGAUUCUGGGUAAAGCUUCGUGUUUGCCGCCUAUUU